UAAGCUUUCACUAGUGUGCAUAAGCUCAAUGUACUGAUCAAACUCUUUUCUCUCUCCUUCUUUCUCUUCAAACUCAAUCUUUUCUUGCCUUUGCAUGUGGAUCUGUACUUGUACUUUUCCUUUGGUUUCUAUUAAUCAAAUACUUUCAAUUUCAAUUUUAUGUCAUUUCUAAAAUCUCUGGGCUUUUCUUUUCUUCCCUUAUUUUUUCUCUUUUGUAAUCCCAAUAUUCGAUUUGGGAUCACUAGUUGCGGGGUUUUCUCACAAGUAUGUAAAUUUUUCUUCUUUCUUUGUUUUGGGGGAUAAUGGGGUGUGGCUGUGUUCAGUGUUGGAUUCAAGAAUGUGAUUCUGUCUCAGGAGUAGCUGCGGGUUGGGAUUCCAGAUCUUCUUGUUGCUUUCUCCAAGAUUCAUUAUUUCUUCAGCGAGGAUUGAUCUGUUUUUGAGCAUAAAAACAAAAGAAGUCCUACUUUGAAGGGUUAUUCUUUUUCUAUUUUCCAUUUCCAGUGGUGUUCUUACCUCAAUCUCUUAAUUUCAAGGAGCAUCGCUGAUAAAUUUUGGCUCGUUAUAGAUUUCGGGUUCGUUUGACUUGGAAAUCAUUUUAGUCAGGCAUAUUAACAACUAUGAGUAGCGUGACUAGUGGGGGUGAUGAUCAGAAGAUAUAUAGAGGUUAUCGGUCAUCAUCAUUGGAUGAAGAAGCUGGUGUUGGAGGUAACACGGGAGGAGAAGUUCCUCUAAAGAAAGGCCCCUGGACUGCAGGAGAGGAUGCAAUUUUAGUAGAAUAUGUUAGUAAGCAUGGACAAGGCAAUUGGAAUGCAGUCCAAAAGUAUUCAGGACUUGCCCGUUGUGGGAAAAGUUGCCGUCUACGGUGGGCGAAUCACUUGAGACCGGAUCUGAAAAAGGGUGCAUUUACCCAAGAGGAAGAGAACCGAAUCCUUGAGCUCCACGCAAAACUGGGAAACAAAUGGGCUCGGAUGGCUUCUGAGUUGCCUGGACGUACUGAUAAUGAAAUCAAGAACUACUGGAACACAAGAAUCAAAAGAAUGCAACGAGCCGGCUUACCAAUCUACCCUCCUGAAAUAUGUGAGCGGAUACUUAAUGGAAAUCAAGAAAGUAAAAAUAUCGAUCCCUUGAAUAUUGAAGCAUCCCAGCAUGAUAAUCUAUCACAAACGGACAAAUUUGGUAUACCAGAUAUGGAUUUGAAGACUUUCAAAUUUCAUCAUGAUUCAUCACAAGUACCAGGAAUUUUUGAUAUGCCUGAAAACUUGUUUGAGCAAAGUUCAGAUUCAUCUUAUUUGUUCCCAACAAUUUAUCCUUCAAAACGUCGUCGGGAGUCAGAAACUCUAUACAAUAGUUUUGCUAGUUGUACAAGUAAUGCUCUCCCACUAUUUGAUCAGUAUGGCAAUUAUACUGGUGAGAAAACUUACGACCAUCCUAGGUUCUAUCGUCCUUUUGAUCCUGUUCUUAGCAGCAGUAAUCAGUUUCAUGGUGGUAACAUAAACGGCAGCCAUGCCAUGUUAAAUGGCAAUGUUUCUUCUUCCGUGCCCUUUUUUGGGGCUAGGAAGUUGGAGCUCCCUUCACUCCAAUAUACAGAAACUCAACAUGGUAGUUGGAUCACACAUGGGUCCCCACUUCCAUCACUUGAGUCUGUAGAUACAAUGAUUCAGUCUCCUCCAGUUGAGUCUAUUCCAUCAGAUCUCAUUUCUCCACAAAGCAGUGGUUUGUUGGAAGCGAUAGUCUACAACUCGAAGAGCAUGAAAAACUCGAAUACUGAUUUAUUUUUGCCAGUGAUAACCGGUACAUCCAAUGAAGCAGCUGGGAGUUCAACCUUGAAUCAUCCCUAUAAGACAGAAUGGGAUGAGCAAGGGGAAUUAAACUCCCCUUUCGGUCAAUCUGCUGCUUCAGUUAUGACUGACUACACUCCUAUAAGUUCAGUAGAUGGACCCCAAUCAAUUGAAACCACUCAAGAUCAUGAUGACAAGCUCCAAGCACUCACCUGUGUCCCAAAUAGUUCCAGAAAGAAACGUAAAUCGGAACAGAUUGAUUUUUCACAGCGUCCUGAUGCUUUAUUUGACUUAGCUUGGUUUGGAAAUAAUACUGACUAUGGAAUUAGUCAAUCUGAUCUAAAAGAUGCUCUAAGUGCACUGCUUGGUGAAGAUUACAAUGAUAACUUUGGUGAACAUAGCAAGGGUAAGCAGUAGCAAGUGGGUUUAUAUGAACAUAUUGCUUUGACCUUAGUUUAGUGUUUUUGUUCAUGUUAUAAUUUCAUUUGAAUUUUGUCAACAUUUUUAACACAAUUAGGCCAUUUUUUAAAAAAUUUUCAGCGCCCUUUAGAAUAUGGUGUUGUGAUGAUAAGAGAUUGUAUGGCACAAGUUUCAGCCUUAUGGAUGUUAUGUUGGUAGUAUGCAUUCUCUCCCGUGUUACUUUGCAUUGCGUUGAUAAUGGAAGAUUGGUAUUGCAUA